AUGGCUCUCACUCUCCCCAUCCACAACCUUCCCAUGGACGAGCCUGUCCCCUCUGAGGUCUUCCAGUACGAAGACAAGACCCUUUACAACUGGGUGCUCACCGAGACGGAGCAUGCGCAUAUUGCCAGCAUGCUCAACAUGGAAAAGAGCGAGCUUAAGCUCAAGGGCGCCAACUUUCUCCAGGACCGCUCCCAGUGCGAGGGUUGCGGCAAGCACUCGGGCAUGGACGACUUUGUCCACAAUGCACUCUAUGCCGGCAUCCACUCGGUCGACUUCAUGAAGGACUUCCUCCUGGGCAAGACCAAGCAGAUGACCCCGUACACUGAGCACGAGGUCUUUUGCUCCCGUUGCAGCACCAAGCACAAGGAAGCCAGGAGUUGGUUGGCAUACCCCCCCUGGCCCACGUACUAG